AAGAUCCAACGGUAUCAAAUCCAGUUUAUAAGGAUCCAGUGUUUCCUAUCAAUUAUUCCAAAUAUUGAGAUGAACGCACACGAGAUAAUCCAUAUAAAAUUGUGUACGUCGUGAUAAAAAACACUGGGAUCUGCCGCAAGACGGCCCCUAAUAUAACCAUUUACAAGACUUGAUUAAAAUAGUAGGGAGCGCAAACACAACCCUACAGCCUCGAAAUAGAAAAAUCUUCGAGUCGGAUUCAGCUAUCCGUGCGAGGAUCAAAUAAGUAGCAGAAAACACAGCAAACCCAAAUACAAACAAAAACAAACAAACGUAGACAAGCAAACAGACAGCAGCAACAUCCUCAAAGUGACCACCACAUCUUCUUCUCCCAUUUCUCUGCCCAACAAACAACACCACCCCCCCCCCCCAAUCGUACAGCUCACCCACUUCUCUUCCUUCUCACUACUUCUCUUCCUUCUCACUAAACCAAAAUAGAGAUUGAAGAGAAGAAAAUAUGAGGCUGGCGACAAAGCCCAUAUCGAGUCCGGGUAGGACCGAGAAGUUCCCGCCGCCGUUGAUGAGAUUCUUGAGAACCAAUGUUGGGAGCAAAAGCAGAGGGAGGUCACGUUCAAGCCCAAUGUUUGUUCUUCGGAAGAAGAGCACCGUCAUUGAGGCUCAAGAGCCAUCAUCUCCGAAGGUCACUUGCAUGGGUCAAGUCCGGGUCAGGCGGUCCAAACAAUCCGGAACCAACUCCUCUACUCGUACUCGAGCUAGCCGGACCAACACCUCGGGUCGACGCCGCUGCAAAUGGAUCCGGAACUCACUGUCUUGCUACUUUGUCAACAAGAAAUUCAAGAAGCCCAAGUCGUUAAAAACCGUUUGGCGCAAAUGGGUGCUCUUCUUUCAUGUGGAUUUCAAGGGAAGAAGAAGAAGCAAAACGAGAGAAGAUUCUCCGAAAAUUGAAUCGAGAUUUGGGAAUAAGAGUGAAGAUCUAGAACAAGACGACGACCGAGAAGAUAUAGAGGAAAAAGCUAGUAGAGUAUACGCAUCUUCGUCAAUUUCUUCACCGCCGAAGAACGCGUUGUUGUUGACUAGAAGCCGAUCUGCGCCGUACAGGUCCUCAUCGUUAGCGAGUAGAUUUUGGGGCUCACCUUUAGCUAAUGAAGAAACGGAACAGCAAAAACAAGAAGAAGAAGAGGAGCAGACAGAGCAGGAUGAGAGCAGAGAAGAUGAGAAUCCCACAUCAAAUACAGAGUCCAUAGGCGAAGAUUCGGGUCCAAAUUCAAGAAGGGAUCCGGAAAUGGACCCAAAUAACAUCUUAAAAUUCACAGAUAUCGAUGGUGCAGAAUCAGAAUCCGUCAGAGAGAGAUUUUCUAGUGAUGCGAGAAUUGAAGAAGUGAAAUCAACGGAGGAGGUGGAGAAUGCAAGGCCUUGGAAACUCACACGGUGUAAGUCAGAACCGGCGAGAAUCGCAGCGACGCUGGAUCCUGAUCCGGAGUUGAGCUUCUGGAAGAAAAGAAGACGAUAAUAACUGUCAAGAGAUCUUACCAAACCAAACGCUUCCUUGAUUUCAUCUCUGGUGGUACCUCCCUUACACGAUCAAAACCCCCCUUUCAUUGCAUUUGGAUUUUCCCAAGAACAGGGCGUCAA